AUGGCCGCACACCAGCGCAAAGUUGAGCUACAGUCUUCAGCAGACUUGACUUAUCUAUAUGCCAACACAGUUGCGCUCUCACGCAAGAAACUCGACCUUUAUUUCCCCCUUCAGCAACAAACGAUGAGACACCAGAUCCGAUGCGCGAACGCUCGAACCAAUCUCGAGCCUGAGUCUUACAUAAACCGCACCUUCAUAACAGCCUCUGCCUCAAUCAGCAUCAACGGCAUCGAUUCGUCUCAUCCACAGUUCCCAUUCCCAGCAUCCUUCACCGCACCCGAGACAGUCGAAUACGAACCCUACGAUACCGAGCUAGCAUCCCGCGUAACAACCCUAUAUGCACAGCUAGAGUCGCUCACGACAACAGUGGCACAGCAAAGACGGGAUGCGCCUCGACAAGCGGCAAAGGAUUAUGCGGCGCAGUUGAUGCAAGUACUUAAGGAUGAGGACGAGGAUGACGAUAUCGACGAGAAAGAUGCACAGACGACUGGAGGAGCCGGUGAAGACAAAGAUGGAGCCAUGGAUGUUGAUGCGGGAGAUGGUUCAACUAAGCCAAAAGAGACAGAGAAGUCACACUCUCGUCGUAACCGUCCGGAUCCUUCAUGGGAAUUACAGGUUCCGCUUGGUACUGAUGCGGAGGCAGAGAGGUGGCGGAGUGGAGAUAUGGCGGAGGUUUAUGAGCGUGCCCUGCGGACAUUGCAGCGGUUGCAGGGUGAGGCUGAUGUGGACGAGGAGGGUUCUGAGGGUAAUGCCUUGGCUACGACAGUCGGGAAGGCAGAAAGGGCUGGGCGAGCUGCAGAUGUCGUCGAGAGCAUGUAA